AUGGGGUACCAGGGCCCGACUGGAGGAGUCGAGGAGCUCCUGCGCAGACAGCAGGCGACAAGGGACCUGCAGAUGAAGGGCAUCAUCAGCAGAGCAGUGGCCGCGAAGAGGUUCGAAAAAUACCGACGUGGUCACGCGAAGAAACCUGCAAAGGCCACGGCGCACGACGACGACAUGCGUGCCGAAAAAUCAAAAGGGAGAGGGUCAAACAAUGACGGGUUGCAGGACGAGUUCAGUGUGCAGCCCAGUGAUGUGGAGGUGGCAGAGGGGGAACUGGCUGUGUUGAACUGCGCCCCCCCGGUGGGACACCCUGAACCUAAUGUGAUGUGGAAGAAGGACGGCCUGCUCAUCAACAGCACUGAUCACCACUACACUGAGCUGAGUGGGAAGCUGAUCAUCGCUCCUGCAGAGAGGAACCACUCUGGAGCUUAUGUGUGUGUGGCCAGAAACACUGCGGGGGUGAGGGAGAGCAGGGCGGCCCGGCUCUCUGUGCUGGCCAAGCCUGUGUUGGUGCUGAGGCCUGGAGACGUGUCAGUGAGGACGGGCCAGUCUGCACAGUUCUACUGCAGGGCUAAGGGGGACCCCCCCCCUUCUGUGGCCUGGAGCAGAGAGCAGGGGUCACUGCCCAACGGAAGGUAUCUUAUAAACCCAGACCAGACUCUGCAGAUCCACUAUGUGAUAGCUGAGGAUGCUGGGAAGUACACCUGCACUGCUGUCAAUGAUGUGGGGGUGGUCAGUGCCAGCGCACAGCUACUGGUUGAAGAUGCUAGCAGCACUACACAGAGAGACCUGCACAAAGAGCUGUCGGCCCUGCGAGUGGCCCUGGAGAACGUCAGUAUUGUGACCCCUGGCUCUAACAUAUCACAAGUGCAGUGGAAGCUGCAGUCCCUCCCCGCCCAGCCUCAUUACCUGGACGGCUUUGAGGUUCUGUACCGCUCUCUGCUGCCUGCCAGCUCCGACUGGGCGGCAAACAAAGUGACCGUGCCCAGCUUCCAGGCCCAGGUGGGGCCCUUAAAGAGAGGCUACAAGUACGAGUUCAAAGUGCGUCCCUACGGCAGCAGCUUGUACGGGAGGGAGAGCAACACGCGGCACCUCAGAGUCCCUGAGACAGUGCCCGGGGCCUCUCCAGUGUCUGUGUCCAUCACAGUGAGCCAUGAGCAGAACAACACCAUCCAUGUGAGCUGGGAGCCACCUCCUCAUGAAACACACAACGGGAUCAUCCAGGGGUACCAGGUGUGGUGUGUGGAGUCUGAGGAGCAGCAGAACCAAAACUGGACGGUGGACAGUGGUCACCACACUCUUGAAAUCUCCACUCUCAAACCAGGGAGACGGUAUUGGAUCACCAUAGCAGCGGUCAACGGAGCUGGAGUAGGAAUGCUGAGCGACCCUCAUGGGUUUGUCAUCAACCCACAGAUAGGGGCCCCCCCUGGGUCAGACAGCGACAGAGGGGAGCUUUCUGAGGUCCUGGCCCUGCUCCAGGACCCUGUGUUGAUCGGCAGCGUCGGCGCCCUCCUGUGGUUCCUCCUGAUGGUUGCAGCUGUGUACCUCUUCAAACGCCACAGCAAGACAGGGCAGCUGAUCCCAGGACACGGCCGGUUCAAAGGUUUGCACAGGCUGGCCGGUGAAGAUCUCAUCAUAAAACACAGGAUGGCAGCCCCAGACUCCCCCUGGACCUCUGGAGGCUGGAGACCUGCCUUCAGCCAGAAGUACCAGGACCUAUGGGCCCAGGGUCAGAAACAUCCAGGCAUCAGGGGCGCCAGUGAGUAUUCAUGGACACACAUGAAGAGUGUUGAAACCUUUAGACCUGUCCUAUCAUACAUGAUGAACUGCUCUGCAUGCUAGUCUGUCCAUGUAAGA